AUGAAGCGUUCCCCUGGCGCCUUUGUUUGGAUCUGCCUACUGCUGGGCGUUGGAGUGCUAAUCCAUAGCACUCACGCCCAAAACUCUCCCCAAGACUUCAUUGCUCCUCACAACGCCUCUCGUGCUCAGGUUGGUGUUGGUCCUAUGGUGUGGAACGACACUGUUGCAGCCUACGCCCAAAACUAUGCCAACCAGAGAAUCAGCGACUGCAGCCUAGUCCACUCCGGCGGACCGUAUGGAGAGAACCUCUUCUGGGGCAGUGGGCGUGAGUUCACUGCAGCAGAUGCCGUGAACGCCUGGGUGUCCGAAAAGGCCUACUACGACUACAAUACCAACAGCUGCGCCAGUGGGAAGGUCUGCGGGCACUACACCCAAGUGGUGUGGCGUAACUCGGUGAGGCUGGGCUGCGCCAGGGUCAAGUGCAACAGCGGCGCCAUCUUCAUCAUCUGCAACUACGACCCUUACGGUAACAUUAUAGGGCAGCGUCCCUACUAG